AUGGGAUACAAUAUUGCAAUGAUAUCUGAUUUCUUUUAUCCUCAAUUAGGUGGAGUAGAAUUUCAUAUGUAUCAUUUAGCUCAAGAAUUGAUAAAGUUAGGAAACUCAGUGAUAAUUGUUGUUCAUGCAUAUAGUCCCGAUAGAGUUGGAGUCAGAUACUUGAGCAAUGGGUUGAAAGUUUACUACGUUCCAUAUUUCGUGUUACAUAGAGAGACUACAUUUCCUAAUGUGUUUGGGACAUUUCCUUGGGUCAGGAACAUAUUGAUAAGGGAACAGAUCGAUAUUGUUCAUACACAUGGUAGUGCCUCUACAUUUUCGUUGGAAGGUUUAUUAUGUGGGAACACACUUGGACUGAAGACUGUCUUUACAGAUCAUUCUUUAUACGGUUUUGGUAAUAUCACAUCUAUUUGGGUUAAUAAAUUAUUGACAUUCUCUUUGACAAAUACCGAUAAAGUUAUAUGUGUUUCAAACACUUGUAAAGAGAACAUGAUUAUGAGAACCAAAGUUGACCCAUCAAAAAUGUAUGUUAUACCGAAUGCUGUCGUUAGUGCAGAUUUUAAACCAACGGAAUCUGCACAAGAUAAGGAAAUCAGACAUGAAAGGGAAGGGUGUAAGAUCGUUACUAUAAACAGAUUAUUUGCUAAUAAAGGUGCAGAUUUAUUAACACACAUUAUACCAAUAAUAUGUUCAUUGCAUAGUGAUGUUGAAUUUAUCAUUGCUGGUGAUGGUCCAAAAUAUGUUGAUUUUCAACAAAUGAUCGAAAAGAACAGAUUAGAAGAUAAAGUAACCCUUCUAGGUCCUGUUCCUCAUGAGAAAGUACGAGAUGUAAUGUGUCAAGGUGAUAUAUAUUUACACGCAAGUUUAACAGAGGCAUUCGGUACCGUGUUAGUAGAAGCUGCUUCUUGUGGUCUCCUAAUCGUCACAACAACCGUCGGAGGUAUUCCUGAAGUUUUACCUUCACAUAUGAUGGUGUAUGCUGAUGAUACUUCUGUAACAAAAUUAGUUGAAUCAUUGAAUAAAGCUAUUAAAAUAUUAAAAGAAAAUAAAUAUAAUGGUAGCAAAGUUCAUGAAGAAAUCGAAGGAAUGUACGAUUGGUCAUUAAUUGCAAGAAGAACAAUGAAUGUAUAUACAGGCAUUUUUGAAAAUGCGAAGCCAGAUGAUAAAAAUUGGUUAACAAUGAUCAAGAAAUUUAAUGAAAGAGAUGGUAUCUGGGCAAAACAUUUGUAUAUGUUGUGUGGUAUAGUAGAAUAUCUGCUAUUCCUUUUAUUUGAGAUAUUGUAUCCAUCCAAAAAUAUAGAAUUGGCACCUAAAUGGCCAUCAAAGGAAGUAGUAUCAAAUCGUAUUUCACACAGUAAGUAUUAA